UUUUGAAGACCCUUUUAUUCUUCUUUCUCAUGAAUUACCACUGGAAAGAUCCUUCCUUUCCUUUUUAAAUUACGAAUUUUUUUCCUCCGGUUUCAUUUAGUGUCUCCUCUUCGCAUCGAGUUUAAUAAGAUGCGGCUGAGACUCGCGGAUUUCGUUUUUCUGGUGAUUCUGUUAUCGUCACUUCAGUCUGGAAUUACUGAUCGAGUCUCCGGAUCUAAGCCUGAUGCUUACGUUACUCUUCUCUAUGGAGAUGAAUUCCUACUCGGUGUUCGAGUUCUCGGCAAAUCAAUUCGAGACACUGGCUCCACUAAAGACAUGGUCGUUCUUGUCUCCGAUGGCGUUUCGGGCUACGCUAAAAAGCUCCUUAAGGCCGAUGGUUGGAUUGUGGAAACUAUAAGUUUAUUGGCUAACCCCAAUCAAGUACGCCCGACGAGGUUUUGGGGUGUUUAUACCAAACUAAAGAUAUUUAACUUGACAGACUACAGAAAAGUUGUGUAUCUUGAUGCGGAUACUAUCGUGGUCAAGAGUAUUGAGGAUCUUUUCAAGUGUAGUAAGUUCUGUGCUAACUUAAAGCAUUCUGAAAGGUUAAAUUCCGGAGUCAUGGUAGUGGAACCAUCCGAAACAGUUUUUAAUGAUAUGAUGAGCAAAGUGAACACCUUACCUUCUUAUACUGGAGGGGAUCAGGGGUUUCUGAAUUCAUACUUUAUUGGAUUUGCAAAUGCACAUGUUUUCGAGCCAAACUUAUCACCUGAUUUGUCAAAUUCUAGACCAGUUCCUGAAAUGGAGCGACUUUCUACUUUAUAUAAUGCAGAUGUUGGCUUAUAUAUGCUGGCCAAUAAGUGGAUGGUAGAUGAGAAAGAACUCCGGGUUAUUCACUACACACUUGGCCCCCUUAAACCAUGGGACUGGUGGACAGCAUGGCUCUUAAAACCUGUUGACCAUUGGCAGAAUGUUCGGGAACACCUUGAAGAAUCUCUUCCAGGAACAGGAGGGGGCAGAAACCCAAAGGACAAUAUUCUAGUCAAAUUUCUAUUUCUUCUUCCCCUGUUUGCCCUGCUUUUCUUUUAUUACUGGUCUUUUCUUCAGAUACAGAAGGAUUUCUUUGGUGUACUGUGUAGAAGCUCAAUGUGUAAUCUAGUUAGACAUCUUCACUACAAAUAUAGAACUGGUGGUGGACUGUCUUAUUCGACUGUUGGUGUUGAUUCCAAUCAGCAGUUCUCUAAUGGAACACAGUGCAAGAUACCUGCUUAUCUAGGUGGAGUCUCUGUUUUUGUCUGCUUCAUUUCUGCUGUGGUGUCCUUGGCACUUGCAGUUGCCAUUGUCCCUCGGCAGGUGAUGCCAUGGACUGGUUUGCUGCUGACGUAUGAGUGGACAUUCACUCUCUUCUUUAUAUUGUUUGGAGGUUAUCUCCAUUUGAUUUAUGAAUGGGGAAAGAUGGCAGCUGCUCAAGCAGGAUGUUAUCCUUCUCGCUCUGAGUCUUCUGACCAUGAUUCUGGAAAAGGUCAUCAACGGCAGGUAUCCACUUGUGAUGUUGCUACAUGGUAUUAUGGCUUAGGGAUGGCAUUUCUGGCUGUAGCUGCGCCUUCACUCCCAUGUCUUCUCGGGGUAACUUCACUGUUUGUGAGGUUAGGGUUGAUGGUUGUAGGAGGUCUUGUCUUAGCUUCUUUCAUGACAUAUGCUUCAGAGCGCUUGCCAAUCAGAGCAUUCUUGAGAGGUCUUGAAGAUCUGGACAUUCCACAUCCAAGAAACUCAUGCUUCUGCUGACCAACAGUUUUGAAUUGAAAUUGUAACCUAUUAGCAGCAUUCACUAAGAUCCCCCUCCCCCC